UUAUCCAUCACUUUUGGACUUAUCUCUCGAUUUGCUGCUGAUCAUCUUGGCAGCACAUUAAUUAAUACAGAUCGUGCAUAUUGUAAGCUUCGUGCUUAUCUAGUUUCUGCACUACCUCUUGUAGCUACCUAUUUUGUAUUAUUAUCAUCUAUUGAUCGAUGUAUGUCAUCAUCAGUAAAUGCUCGUCUUCGAUCAUUUAGUCAAAGGAAAAUAGCAUAUCGUGUAAGUGUGGUGGCAAUAAUACUUGGUUUUAUAUCAUGUAUUCAUAUUGUUAUUGGAUAUGAUCUUCGACCAAGAUGUGGUGCAUUAGCAGGUGCAUUUGCAAUGUAUGAUAGUAUGUUUGUAGUAUUUUGGCUUGGUAUUAUUCCACAUGUAUUAAUGUUAAUAUUUGGUUUUAUUACUUUGAUGAAUAUUCGGCGAACAAAACAAAGAAUAGCAAUUAAAUCAACAACAAUAAAUACAACUGGUUCAGCUCAACAACAACAACAACAACGACAUGAACAAAAAACAAACGCACAAUUAAUUAUGAUGAUGCUUUUUCAAGUUGGAUUUAGUUCAUUAUUGGUAUUAACACGUAUGAUUUAUUAUGCAUAUUAUGUAUUAGGACCACAACCAAUUGGUUAUGAUAAGCUAGUUGGCUCUUUCUUAAUGUCAUUUACUACACUUGUAUAUUAUGCUAAUUAUUGUAAAUCAUUCUAUAUCUAUACGUUAACAAGUCAAUUAUUUCGUUCUGCAUUUACAAAUAGAAUAAAAUUUUGUACUCGAAAAAUACUUGGUCAACGUAUGAUACCAAUAUUGAGAGAAAAUACAAUCAAUACUAUUCAAACACCUGUGAAUAAUCAUGGUCAACAUAAUGAUGAACAUAAAUAA